CCAGUCUAGUUGGUCUGGUCUAGAACGGCUUCAUCACUGGAACACGACCACACAAAGCCUGCUAGAAAAACGAUGGCGAAUGACUCGAUGCAACAUGCGAACGCUACUGGACAGCAGCUGGAUAAAGUUUGGGCCAGCUGGCAGAGGGUCCAUCGAUUGGGUGACUGGGUCACCUUCUCCCCCCACGGUAGAGAGACAGUUACAGGGCUACAACUGGAAUGAGCUGAACCUCGACCAGGAGGGGAGGUCAGAGCUGCUCCUCUAUGUGGUCCUCCCCGUCGCCUCCCUCCUCAUUCUGGGCCUCCUGGUACUCCUGGCCUACUGGAGGUGCUCCUCUCCCAAGCUCAGCCUGGCCCAAAUCAUCGCCCUGGACCUCCAGGACGCCGAGAGCAGCGCUGAGUUCCUCUCCUCGCUCACCGGCCAACGCGAACGCCACACCAGCACCAGCUCUGACAUGUCGGACAGUGUGUUCGUCAUGGUCUACCUGCCGCCGCCCUACGAGGAGACGCUGACCAAGAUCACACGCGCCGCCAGUCUGACCAGUCGGAAAGAGUCCAUGAAGAUAGAGGACCUGGAGGCCUGGCUGUGUCCGGAGAUCAAGUCCAGUGGACGCUACGUGUGACUGGGGAACACUGGGACUGUCUCUCAAAUGGCACCCAAUUCCCUAUAUAGCCCACAUAGGGCUCUGGUUAAAAGUAGUGCACUUUGUAGGGAGUAGGGUAUAACUAGCAAGCUCUUUAGAAUAAGGGGUUUUCAGUGGACUAAGAAAAACAUCAGACCUGAGUUAAUCUUUUGUGGGUACCAGCUUUCUACACAGAGGAGUGUGCAAUUGUAUGAAAGCUGGAAGCUGGAAAUUGCAUUGACUGGCUGUACAGCAUACAGUACAUCUAGAUUCUCUACAGAGGACAUACGCUGACUAUGUACAAACCGUAGGUCACAGUAGGCAAAUAAAACUCUUUCAACGAUACAAAAAAGAAUAUACAAUUAAUUUGCGUUGUUUUUAUCUCCUAAAUGAAACCCAUUUUUACUUCCACACUACAACCCUCCUGUACCUGUGUUGUUUUACAGGUUGUUCCUUAUUUGGAGACUUAAGAAUGUCAAUGUGCAAAGUACAAGAAUGUUA